GUUAAAGCCCCGCGUGGUUCUGAGAGGAGCUCCCAGUUUCCGCGUGUGCUCCUGCAUGUCCAGCGCCCACCAUGUGGGCCCUCGUCCUGGUGUGGGGCUGCCUCUUGCUCCCAGGUUAUGGAGCCAUGGUGGGCCCCAAGGAGAUCAGUGGGUUUGAAGGUGACACAGUGUCCUUGCAGUGCACUUACCAGGAGGAGCUGAGGACACACCAGAAGUACUGGUGCAAGCAGGGCGGGUUCCUCCUGUCCCGCUGCUUGAACACCAUCUAUGCAGGAGAAGAUGGCCAGGAGACGACAGAGGGCAGGGUGUCCAUCCAAGACAGCCCCCAGACGCUCACACUCCACGUGACCCUGAGGAAGCUCACCCUGCGGGACUCCGGAAAGUACUACUGUGGGGUCUCCAAACUGGGGCGAGAUGAGUCUGUCCUGGUCUCUCUGCUUGUCUUUCCAGGUCCCUGCUGUCCUCCCUCCCCCACUCCCUCCUUCCAGCCUCUUACUACAAGAAGCUUCCAGCCCAAGGCAAAAGCUUGGCAAACUCAGCCCCCAGAAUUGACUUCUCCCGGUCUCCACCAAACAGUCACCACAGCCAAGCCGGGGAAGACAGGGGCCGAGGCCUUUCCGCUCAUGGGGACCUCCCCGGCCCAGCACCCAGGAAGCUCCCCAGACACAGGAACAUCUCCAUACGCGGGGACCUCUCCUCACCAAGCAACCUCUCCUCAUGCAGGGACCUCCCGCCCACCCACACAGCCGGACUUCACCUCCGCGGAGGACACCCCUUUGUCCCCCAGCAGCAGCAGCUCCGUGUCCAGUGUCUCCAUCCCAACGGUCCGCAUCUUGGCCCCAGUCUUUGUGCUGCUGGCUCUCCUCCUGGCCGCAGGCCUGGCGGCCCUCGGCAACUAUAUUCUCCGCUGGAGGAAGGAAGCUCACCUGGCCACAGAGACACAGAGGAACGGGAAGGUCCACCCCUCACACUUGCCGCUGGAGUACACCGUGAUCAACCUCGAAGGGCCCCCUGGGCCCCACGCCAGCCCCAGCCCGUGCACAGAAACCCAGGGCCUCAGCCAGACUUCAGAGGAAGAUGAAGCCCCUUCCCAGGACCCGGAGGGGGACAUGAUUCCAGGGCCUCCCCUCCACAUGUCCGGGGAGGAGCUUGGCUUCUCCAAGUUCAUCUCAGUCUAGCACCAAGAGUUCCCUCCAAGCCGGUCCGCACUAACUCCAAUAAGCUUUCCGCGACGGCUUCAGAGUUCGCCUGCCAGACCCUGGGCUCUCCUCCUGCUUGCCCAGCCUGACCCGGAAGCCUUUGUCAGCCCCCGAACCUGCAGUGGUGGCCUCAGUGGUGUCAGCG